GGAAACCAAUGCAGACGGUAUUUUUUGCGCGGGAAACAUAUGGAACGGUUGAUAUGACGGCGAGAUAUUCGAUAAAGACGCGCACAUUCUCGAUACCUACAACUAAAUCACAGGGAAUCGAAUAGGACAAUGAAAGCUAUGCGAACGGACGUCGGUGAUAUAUUCCUCCGUUCCCUGUUAUUCAACAAUAACAGCAGCGCCACUACGGACGUGGAGUUCCCAACAAACAGUGGCGUAGAGUGUUCCUAUGCCCAAGAUACGCAGGCGAGUGCGGCAACACGGACGUGCCUGUUUUCAAUUAUGCUAUUAUUCUCAAUGACAGCAAUUAUGGGCAAUUUGACCGUCAUUAUAGUGGUGGCUGCUACAACUAAACUUCACACCAUAGCUUCAAUUUUUCUGUUGAAUUUGUCGUUCAGUGAUUUGUUGAUCGGGCUGGUGAUCAUGCCGUUUGUCGCAGAUAACGUCUUGAACGCCGGGUUCGCACACGAACAGACACUCUGUCAAGUGCUGGGAUUCCUGACCACACUGUGCUGUAUAAACUCAAUAAUAUCUUUGGUUGCCAUAGCAUUGGAUCGCUACUCCGCCAUCAUACACUGUUUGUAUUACGCAUCAACGGAACAUCGUCGCCAAGCUGUUGGGAUACUUAUUUGGACAUGGCUGCAUGCUAUAGUGUGCAGCGCCCUCCCGGCGCUCGGGUGGGGGAAGUACGAUUACAUGCCAGCGAGAUUUGCUUGUUCGGUAGACUGGACACACACACCUGGUUACACCGUAUUCGUCGUUGCCUUGUGUUUCAUCCUCCCAUUAUGUGUAAUUUUGUUUUGUUAUGGAAGAAUAUUGCGUGUUGCUAGGCAACACGCGCGACGAAUCAGUAAUGUUCAUUUACAUCUAAGUGCGAGUCGACAGAAUUUACAUCCAGUGAUGGCCAGUCCGUCGUCUGUAUUUGGAAGGGACAAUGCUGCCUAUGACGUAAUAAGUUAUGAUUUUGUAGCAAAUAUGCCCGACGCAGACACGCUAUCAAUGUCCAGUAGUGGCGCUGCUACCGUCAAUGAACCAUCUAGAAGUUUCCGCUCUAAAUCACGUGCAACCAGGCGACUGUUCUUAGUAGUGUUUGUGUUUCUUCUCUGUUGGUUGCCGUACGUUGUCUUACAUCUAUAUCGCAUGGCUACCGUGGUUACAUGUAGAGACUCUUCGGCAUCACCUUUUCUGGCUACCAUGACAACAUGGAUGGCUCUUAUGUCUUCUGCUCUCAACCCAACUAUUUAUGGUUUUGGAAACCGCAAAUUUCGCUCGGCACUUCGGCGACUGUAUCGUAAAGUGCGUCACAGGCACUGCGAGAGAAACCGUGUCGAAGAAAUUGAGACGAUAAGUCGCCGUCUCAGUGCCGUAAAUAUACCCAUGUGGCGCUCUCGAUCUAGUUCAACGGCGUCCUCACUCAACAGUGACGCAAGAACACGAACGACUCGGCUUGCUAGUUUCGGAGCUGUGUCAUCUUUGAGUGCAGGUUAUUUUACUGCACCCCACGAUCAAUCACUUCAAUCACGGGCGAUUCGUUCAGGUUCGCUACCCGAUACGAAUCGUCGACUGGAAGCAAUGUCACAGUUUACAACGACGGGACAUUUUUUAGAUGUUCCAAGACCCGCUUACGAAGAUUUACUAAAUUCUGAUGCUCAGUCCAAACACAAAAAAAUAAGGAUUGCAAAGUCAUUGACAAAUUUACCAGGCUGGACAGGAAAUGAUGAGGAUGCAGCAUUUUAUUACGGCACGACAAGUGACAAUUCCGAAAGAGUCGGUUCACCUGCUCCAAGACGGAAACGAUCGCGAUCAGAAUCGUUUGUUAAUGUUACGUAUCUGAGAGUACCAAAUAUUGUUCAUAGUAAAAAAACAUGUAACUCUACCAACAAUUCUCAAUCAUCAAGUAAACAAUCUGCCCCAAAAGUGAGACACAGUUCUCCAAAAUCUAACGUACCAGUAACUAUAGUUACCGUACAUAAUCUCGACGAGGACGGCUUGAGUGAAAGUGGUUCGAAUAUAUGA